AUGGAUCCUUCCUCCGGCACGAAGAAGAAGGGACAGAAGAUCGGCCAAAUUAAGGAGGCGGCACCAACAGCAGCUGCACACAGGUCAGAAAACAAAACCAAUGCGAACAAUGCUCCUCUAGAAAAAGAUAAAUCACAUCCUUCUGAAGUCCAGCAUCCCAAGAUAAAUCUGAAACUGGAGACCUGCACAGAGAAGUCGGAGACAGAAAUGGAUAAAACACAGCUAGACUCUGGAACGCAGAACUUAUCAUUGCCAAACCCUGGAGUCAACUUUGGUGUCCCCCCAAGCCCUGGGGUGUUUGACCUACAGAGCCCCGUUGUCAUCAUUGGUGAAGAUGUCUUCCAGAUUAUAGAUGAUUGUCCCCCUCCCCCAGCCCCCUUUCCCCAUCGCUUUGUGUCUCUCCGGACCGAAAGCAUGUCAGAUCUGUAUGACCUAAACAUGGAUGACAUUCUUGGCGGGGGCCGGUUUGGAGAAGUCCACAUCUGCACAGAGAAGGCAACCGGUAUGCAACUUGUAGCUAAAGUUCUGAAAGUCCAGAGUGAACGAGACAGGGAAAUGGCUCUGAAUGAGAUAAAUGUAAUGAACCAGUUGGAUCACCUCAAUCUCAUCCAGAUGUUUGAUGCUAUCGAAACCCCUAAUGAGAUCUUCUUAUUGCUAGAAUAUGUGGGCGGAGGGGAGCUGUUUGAGAGGAUCAUCGAUGACAGUUAUCAGCUAAUGGAGGUCGAUGCCAUGGUGUUUGUGCGUCAGAUAUGUAUCUUCUACAUGCAUCAGAUGUAUGUGCUGCACCUAGGGACUUAAAGCCAGAAAACAUUGUAUGUGUGUCCCCCACCAGCCAUAUGGUGAAGAUUAUAGACUUUGGCCUGGCCCGGAGGUACAAGCCGCAGAACAAGCUGAAAGUCUCUUUCGGCACGCCAGAAUUCUUGUCUCCGGAAGUGAUUAAUUUCGAUCAUGUCUCUUUCCCGACAGACAUGUGGAGUGUCGGUGUCAUCACAUACAUGAUGGUCAGCGGUUUGUCCCCUUUCCUUGGAGAUAACGAUGCGGAAACCAUGAACAAUAUAUUGGUGGGUGACCCAGGAUUUGAAGAAGAACCUUUUGAACAGGUUUCAGAAGAAGCUAAAGAUUUUAUAUCCAAUCUGCUGGUCAGAGAGAAGAGUGGGAGGAUGAGUGCAGGUCAGUGCCUUAAACAUCCGUGGCUGAAUGACCUUGCGAGAAAAGCCAAGCUUUGUAACCGACUAUUGAAGUCACAGAUCGAACUGCGCAAGUACAUGAUGAGGAGACGCUGGAAGAAAAACAUCUUUGCGGUGACCGCAGCAAACAGGUUUCUGAAGACCGGGAGCUCAGGCUGUCUCACUUGA